AUGGAUUGGGGGCUGUGUAAUAGUAACCAACCUUUUCUAUGGGUCAUUCCUGCUGUGAGAGGGUUCGGGAGCCACUGUGUAUGGAACUCAACACUCGAGAGCAUUGUGGAAGGAGUUCCAAUGAUUUGUAGGUCUUUUCAAAGCGAGCAGACGGUAAACGCAUCGGACAUGGUAAGUGUUUGGGAAAUAAGGAUUCAGCUGGAAGGUGAAGUAGAAAGAGGAAAGGUAGAGAGAGGUGUGACUAGGUUGAUUGUGGAUUAA